GCCCGAAAGUUAGGGAGGGGGGGCAGCUGUACCCCCCCGCCCCCCCUGCCCCCCUGGCUCGUACGCCUAUGGCGAAGCUUCGUCCUCAUAUGUCGUAUGGACAGGGUCGGAUAUAAGAUUGUUCACAAAUGAGUGUGGUGGGCACGAGAGCAAAUUCCUGGUGAGUGGAACGAUGCAAUUUUUUGUUUGACGUUUUCUGGUGAUUGUUCUGAAUAAAUACCACGGCUAUAUGCUACAUACUAUAUUAAAACAGUUUGGGGCAUUCUUAUAUCACUGCCAUAUGCUUUCGCAAUCAAGUCUUGUCAGUGGCCUAUGAUUUAUCAUCGAAAAUAGCUACUAAUAUAUCCGACAAAGUGAUAUAAGAAAAGAGACAGUCGAGCGAUGUGAGCCAAAUAAAUAAGCUUGAUACACUCUCAAUAAAAGCUUAUGUUGAAACAACACAAACGUGUGCUAUUUUCAACACAAGUUAGGUGUCAAAUGUUAAAUUUAAGAAAAUAAUAAAAGUUUGUGUUGAAACUUGUGUGGAAAUGAACACAUCACUUGUGUCAAAAUUUAAGAAACUUGUGUUGUCUCAUGGUAUAUUUUGUGUUGUUUCCAUACACAAACUUGUGUUGUUUCCAUACAUAAAGUUGAGUCCCAUUGUAUAUCCAGUAUAGCCACCUUUCCCAGGUUCUCAUGCUGCAGCCUUCAUUUUGUUCUGGUUGAAUUGUAAUGUUUUAUAAAUAACAUAACAAAAUUUUUAAAAAUUAUUAUUAAUUCAUUAAGUUACAGAUCAAAGGUAAAUUCAAAUAUAAAGUAGAUUAUUGGAGGGAAAAUGCCCGGCCGGCAUCGCCACCCUCCGGUCUACGGGCCGUACAGGAUGUUUCUCCCCGUCCCCUUCCUCCCCUAUCUUUAGUGAAUUCGACUAAAAUGGUCAGUUUCAUAUGUUCUCACAAUAUUUCCAACAAAGAGCGAACUAAAUAAUUGUAUUCUAGGCCUUUGAAACUUGAUAACUGCAAAAAUACUUUUCAUGUUUUUAUAUAAUACAGGAUAUUAUGGUUAAUAUAUCUCAUGACAUUUGAUGUAACUGGUUAGUUCUAAACAUUAAGGCCCACUGCAGAUUUGGUCAAAAGUCACGAGACGUGAACAGGGGUAACCCAACCCUACCCCUAACCCACAAUCUGUCAACAAUCACGUGCCCUAACCCUAUUUACAUCUCGCGAUUUUGACGAAAUCUGCAGUGGACCUUAAUAUUUAGAUUUUGGCACUCAUUUGUAUGCAUAAAAAUCACACUGAACCACAACUAUGCACACCAGGAUAUGAUAGAAUAUUACCUGAAAUUGUUACACCGAUAUGCACUGAUUGGUCCAUUAUCCCGCAUACAUAAACUAAUCAAGUGGAUUCUUUUCCCCGCGUUUUUUUCUAUCCGCAUUGACGAUACCAAACAUCAAUCAGACGGACCUCCUGUUUUAAUUUGAUAUUAUUAUGACAAAAGGAGAAGAUGACCCGCCAUCUCUUCUCGCGAAAGCGCAAUUUAUCACCAUGCUUUAAGGUGACAUUUUGAUAUACAAGCACGUUUUUAUAUGUUUUUAUACUUUUAUUAAUUACGCCUUCAAAUGUAAAUAAAUGAAUUAAAUCAAUCUGUCCAUAAUAUCAAGCAUAAUGUAUUUGACGUUAAAUUUGUAAUAAACAACAAAAUUACUUUUACGAGAAACGAUGAGUAUCAAAGAACUGUAAGUGCAGUUAAUGCUUUAUCGUUUGGUAGAACCUUUUAGUAAACGCGUGUGUCAUGUUAAUAUUUUACGGGAAACGACGAUUAUCACAGAACCGUAGGUGCAGCUAAAGUUUUGUCGUUAGGUAAAGCCCUUUUGUAACCACGCCUGUCAUGUUACUAUUUUCUUUGGUGUUUCGAAUUGACCUAUUUCAUCGACUAUAUCCGUCUUCAUUAGCCCAGUAUAGGAGCAGAACAGUAGGACGUUAAACCCCAUUUCAUUUCAUUUCAUUUCAUCGACUAUAUAAUACAUAGAUAUUACAGAUACAAAGAAGUACAUAUUAUAUACAACGUUCUUUUCGUAAACAAUCAGCAUUGGAAUUAUUGCCGUUCCUUUGCAGAUACAAAGAAUCUCAAUAUGAAACAUUCUUAUCGUAAACAAUCAACAUUGGAAAUAUUGCCGUCACUUUAUAGAUCUAUACAAUGCAUUUAUUUUCACUCUGCAGGGUCUUGUCCAAAAACAUCUCUCAAAAUCUAAAGGCCGUCUAUAUGUGUUUUUCAUAUAUAUUUUUCUAAAGCCUACGAUUCUAUCAACCGGUUGAAAUUAAUGGCCCUAGUAUCCUAAAAUUAGUAAAGAGGUAUUCAAGGUAAAAUGCAUAAUGCCUUAAAAACCAUGUACAAAUCAGUCUCCUCUAGUGUUAAGGUAGAUUCAAAACUAACGCCUUAUUUCGAUUGUAUUUCCGGGAUUAGACCACAGUCGCCUGUAACUUGGAAAUAUUAAAAAAAUAACAUCAAACAAUGAUUAAGUAUAUAUCUAAAGUCUGUUACACAAGGACAGCUGUCUAGUCGUUUUGAUGGGACGAAAAACUGAGGUCCCGUGUACACAUUGGUGUACACGUAAAAGAUCCCUUGACAGUUGGAAUUCGAUAUAAGAGUAGGCCGUAGUGCCGCUGUCCGGCAAAGUUUCCCUCAUAGCACGCUGUAUGCCCGUCUUCAUUAGCCCAAUUCGGAGAAGAACAGUAGGACGUUAAACCCCAUUUCAUUUCAUUUCUAAAGUCUGUUAAGUCCAUGUUCGUAAGCGAGAUUAUCAAAUAAUUGGGCUGAUUCCAAUUUCUAAUUUAAAAAAUCUCCACGUGACUUUAAAGCGAUCAUGUGGAUAAUUAAAAAAAAAAGUCAUCGUAGACCCGAUUGUCUACCUAGCGAAAUUUAGUGAGUACUGCCACUGGUUGGUGGAAUCUAGAGUAGUGAACUUUGAUCCCAAUUAUUUAAUUCAAAUCCUUUUCUCACCUUGGUAUUAUUAUAUCUACUGAAAGAGAACAGGUUUCAAACGAGUUAUGUGCCCUUGAGUUAGAAAUCGGAUUUAAUAAUUUAAUAAUUUCGCUUACGAACAUGGACUUUACAGACUUCAGACAUUAUACUUAAAGGGACAAUAACGCUCUUGCUGGCUUGAAAGCUCCAGAAAAUAAAUAAUAUCUCUAUCUAAGUACUAGAUGUAAAAGUGUCCUACCUGUUGUGUAAAUUAUCCAUUACAUCCUAUUUUACUUGUGCAGAGGGUUCGAAAAUAUUUUUAAAUUUGAAAAGGUUUACGUUAGACGUUUCAAACCAUUAUGUUGAAUUUUUCAAAAUUUUUAAAUAAGGUGUGUUAAGAUGAAAUUUGUAUCAUCAAUUAAUUGAAAUAUUCUAAAAUAGUACAAUUUGUUGACCAGAAUAAAGAUUGGGACAUAUUAUUCAGUUACAACAAGAGUGGUAUUGAGCCUUUAAUAAUUAUACUUAAUAUUCUUUUUGAUAUAUGUUCCACGUUACAUGCUCCUGUGGGUUAGACUGGACUGCAUACCGAGUCCGAUAGUAGAGUAUAUGGAAACUGGGGGUGUUAGGGGUAUUUUCACGAUUCAAGAGAUGGAGGAUAUAUUUAUAUUGUGACAACGUGCUCAAUAACUUUCAUCAAAUUGAACGAUCAAUUAGGUCAAAAGAUAGAACUUAUUGCCUACCAACUGUUUUUUGAUAAUAUCUGAUAUUGACUUUUCAACGCUGUAUAUACUUCUGUUAGUCACGAACAGUGUUCUAAUUUAACAUGCAAUUAAUCACACAUGUCCUUUACAAGCUACAUAUGAUCUGUGUACAACCUCGGCAUGACUUCAAAGGAAUACGCAGUGGUCAGGUAAUCAUACCAUGACCUGAUACAUGACUUCAAAGGAAAUGUGCAGUGGUCAGUUAAUCAUACCAUGACCUGAUAAGUUAUCAAUUCCAUAUAUGACGAUGACUCUUAUCCAUUUUCACUAUUGUAGGACGCUAUAUAACCAGGAGUUUGAUGACAAUAAGUGAGACUCGGAAUAGAGCUCCCCACGACUUACGUCUAUUUCAUGUUCUUAAUAAAUGUCUUAUAAUUAUGCUGAUCUUCUGUUAUCUGUAGUGUUACAGAUAUCAGUAAUGGUGCUCUCCUGAACCAUACACAACGUAUGAUCAGUCAAAUAUUUUUGGUCGCCAAAAUUCUCUAGUUAAACUAUUUACUAGACGUUGAAAAGGUACGAUAGCUUUUACAAUGCUUUUGUAUGCCAACGAGUAUAUGGAGGCAGGAGGUGUUAGGGAAUUUUCAAGAUUCAAGAGAGGGGGGAUAUAUUUAUUCUGUUUAUGCCGAAGGAAAUAUUGUUGAACCCCAGAAUUCUCCAGUUAAUUUAUUUACGUGUGAGCCAGUGUAGGGGACCUACAGCAAAAACUUAAUAUCUUUAAUAUCUUGCAGAACUUCUGUCAUAAAUUCGAUCUUGAUGUAAACAUUUCGAAAACAAAAGUUGUUGUAUUUCGAAAUGGAGGUGCAUUAAGAAGCAUUGAGUAAUGUUAUUAUUAAAUAACAUUAAACAUAAUAGACAUUAAUUAUUUUGCUUUCAUUGUCUUUUUUAAGCUAUUAUAGCGAGAACUGUCAGCUCGUUAUCUAAUCUUACCCAGUUCCCCUUUAAACUAGAACGGGUGACAUAUUAUAGCUAUAUAGGUCACUUCACAACAUUUCUAUACUCUUCUGUCCUCUUAAAUCAAUAUAUAUCAUUAAGAUUCAGCACAUAUUUUGUCAUUAUCGAAGAAUACACAUUACGUUUGCUAAAUAUACGGAAAACACAUCAUUUGAUAAUUUUUCAAAAGUUUGUAUUAAUGUAUUAGAAAAGAACACAAGUUAGCAUUAAUGUGUUAGAAAAGAACACAAGUUUAUGUUAAUGUAUUAGAAAAGAAGUUUGUGUACAUCAUUUUUCACACAAGUCCUUGUGUUGAACUUUAACUCAAGAUUUUUCUCAAUGUAUAAUCAAAUAAUAUACGUUUUACACUUUUAUAUAUAAUAGGAUAUGUUAUAACAUUUUAUGUAAUAGAUUGGCAACUCAGUAAUAUGGAAAUUCUAUCUUUCGUGUGUACUUCUAUAGCUUGAUCAAAGCCAGUGUAUUAAAAAAAAAUUAAACUCUGUUGACGUUUGAUGUGGAUGCAUAUUUGACGUGCACUAUUAUUUUAUAAUAGUUCGAGUACAGUUCCGGAAUAGUAGAGAUACAGGCUCCACUCAAACUAAAAACAAACACAUAACAAUAUAAUAAUGUGUGAUCAAUGUAUAUAUAAUACAAUAUAGGGCAUAAUUAGUCCUUUUUUACACUGAGUAAAACCACAAUCAAGCCCACAAUAGGUAAUCCACACACCCAGACUAACGGUCAGUCUAAGAGGAAUUUUACAUGCUACAUGGGGAAAUGAGAAGCCCGUAGCUUCUUGAUCACUUUAAUCUACACCCGCUAUCACUCUAUGAUAAAAGACAAAAUACAACCACCGAGAUCAUGGAUUGGAGUACAGUCUGUCAAUAGUGGGGCGAUAUUUGUUAACUUCUCGAAUUUAUCCAGGUAUUGAAAUUGACUGUUUAGAAAGGAGUAAACCAAAAUGGACACACAAGGAUUAAACCAUUGGGCUGAUAUUACAGUUGUUGUUAUAUAUUUUAUUCUUGUACUUGCAGUUGGGUUAUGGUCUUUAUGUAGACCAAAUCGCGGAACUGUAAAAGGCUAUUUUCUUGCUGGUCGAAACAUGAAAUGGUUCCCGGUAGGAGCGUCGUUAUUCUCCAGUAAUAUUGGCAGUGAACAUUUUGUGGGAUUGGCUGGUAGUGGCGCAGCAUCUGGUAUAUCUAACAUCAUGUAUGAAUGGAUUGGAAUGCCACUAGUAAUUUGUUUAGGGUGGAUAUUUUUACCUGUUUAUAUAUCAGCCGGGGUAUACACAAUGCCAGAAUAUAUGGAGAAGAGAUUUGGUGGGAAGAGGAUUAGAGUAUAUUUAAGUUGUUUAUCUCUAGUACUCUAUAUAGUUACUAAGUUAGCGGUUAGUAUAUAUGCUGGUGGAUUAUUUAUAAAACUAGCUCUAGCAUGGAAUAUGUAUAUAUCUGUUACUGGUCUAUUACUUAUUACUGGUUUAUAUACAGUAUUAGGAUUAGCAGCUGUCAUGUACACGGAUACAUUACAAACUAUUGUCAUGACGGUAGGAGCUUUGGUAUUAUGUGUAAUAGGUUUCAAUAGAGUUGGGGGUUAUGAAGCAUUGCAGUAUAAAUACAUGGAAGCCAUGCCAUCUGUUCGCGCAAAUAAUACAACUUGUGGGGAACCUAGAGCAGACGCUUUUCAUAUCUUCCGUGAUCCUAUCAACUCAGACAACCCAUGGCCAGGACUCCUGAUACAAACCAGUUUAGGUUGUAUAUGGUACUGGUGCUGUGAUCAGGUCAUCGUCCAGAGAACACUCGCCGCUAAAAAUUUAACCCACGCUAAAGCUGGUUCUAUAUUAGCUGGUUAUCUGAAAUUUCUGCCAUUAUUUCUAAUGAUAUUCCCGGGUAUGAUUAGUAGAGUUUUGUUUCCAGAAGGUCCAAAGCCUCAAGACGUUCAGAUGAAAAGGAGAUAGAAAUAUUCCAUUUAUCGGAUACUGGUGAAAUAGAAACGGGAUACGCAUCAAUACCCAAACUUCAUAUCAAGUCAUCCUGCACACACGAAACGUAACAUCCCGUACAAUUUAGCGAGGCGGGUAUGGACAAUAAUUAAAAACUUGGCGAAUUGAAUCAAUUUUUUAUAUAACAAGAUCAUCCCGUAAACCUGAUUGACAAUGAACAUCAUCGAUAUGAACAAGCCGGUGCUGGAUAAGUGCCCAAAAAUGAAAAAGAUUGUUUCAAAAACAAACUUUAUUAGCAGCUACAAACAGCUAGCAAAUCUUAGGGAAAUAUUGACAUCUUGUUAGUUUGAUAUGAAUGAAAUUACGGAAAAUUCACGCGUAUCAAAAUGUGGUGAUAAACGGUGUGGAUUAUGUCAAAUAACCGAAUAUUUACUGUUAAACAAAACAUGAACUGCAAAAUUAAGCAUGUUGUUUACUUGUUAUUUUGCUCGGGAUGCGGGGAAUACUAUAUUGGCAAAAACGACCAACAACUUAACCUUCGAAUGAAUCUAUACACGUCCCAGAUGCUCCACCCAGAAAACAGAACAGUUCUACUAAGUAACCAUCUGAACAUAUGUGGUAAAGGGAAGUUCAAAGCCGCGCCAAUAUAUACUCAGCCAAAUUAAAAACUUGACACUCGGGAUUUUUGGGACUAGAUUUUUGAUAUUUGGUUUAAGGCAAUUAUUUUAGUGUUAUGUUGUGCACAGACGACCUUGACAUCAACAGAAAGCAAGAAUACGUCUCGCCGAAAGUCCUUGACAUUGAUAACGUUCGUGAUGUCACAGUACCCCCCAAAAUGAAAUUCACAGACUUGGAGAACAAUCGGAAUAAAGUGUUUAGUAACGGUUGUGGCCUCCUCUAGCGUCUCGUACUGCCACACAACGUCUUCUCAUGGAUCUCAGAACAUUAGUAAACACUACCCGAGGAAGACGUCGCCAUUGCUCAGCAAGAGCAUGUUGAAGGUCCUGAAACGUCAGUGGUGGAUUCACUUGCUGACGAACACGUCGACCCAGUUCGUUCCAGAUGUGUUCAAUAGGAUUAAGGUCGGGGCUCUGCAUAAACGGAAGAAGAACAGGUUGCAAAAUCUGAUCCCUGUACUGGACAGCAUUUAAGUUCCCUUGGACAACAACAAGAGGAGAACGUCCAUGUGCACAAAAAGAACCACAAACCAUGACGCUGCCGCCACCAAAUCGGUCAACUUCUCUGACGCAUACUUGAGCGUAACGUUCACCUCGUCUGCGGUACACUCGGACCCUGCCAUCGGCAAAUCUCAAAGUGAAUCGAGAUUCGUCACUAAAGACAACCGAAUUCCACUGUCUUUGAGUAAAUCUUAUGUCUUGUGGCCCACACAAGUCUGUUACGGCGAUGAAGAAGUGUCAAUAUUGGUCCAUUAUAGGGCCUCCGAGCUCGAAGACCAGCAGCCUGCAAGCGAUUUCGAACAGUUUGUGCAGUUACCCUUCCACCAAACAUCUCUCUACUUGUGGAGGUUGCAGUGACAAAUCUGUUUCUAAGAUGACGUAAUCGUAUUGCUUGAUCUUCCUGGAGUCACGUCACACGUGGCGCUCCCACCCUUGGGCGGUCGGCAAUAGUUCCAGUUUGAAGCACUCUCAUUCUAAGAUUAAUUAUUGUCUGGCGUGAACAAUUAAAGGCUCUUGCAACAGUGACCUCAGACUCACCAGCAUAGAGCCUACCUAUAGCACGUAGACGUUCUACAUUUGAAAGGCGCGGCAUUUUCUAACAAAGAUGAAAAUAACAAUUUUAAUUUGUUUUUCCAGUUCAAGUUACGUGUGCGUGUUCAGUUUAAGCAAACUUGCAUCGAUUGACCUCACGAGUUUGUGUUUGCACGUGUUUUUCAGGUUUUUCAUCUUUAUAUGCUCAAAAGUCACGUGAUCCACGUGACUUUACAAUUUUAUGAAAUUAAAGGCUUCUUACUACUUACUAUCGUUAGAAACACUUUAAAAUUUAUUUGACUUACCAGAAAAAAAAAAUUGUUGAAAUU